CAGGGGGCGCAGCUGUACGGAGCGAAAAUGAUGUACGCCGACCUCAAAGGUGCUGACCUCCGGUCCUGCAAGAUGGGGGACCCAGACGGCCCGUUAGCGUGGAAUGCCGACCUCAGCUGGGCCAACCUGACGGACGCCAUCAUGGACGAAAGCGUGCUGUACGGCGUCAACUUUCGCUACGCCACGCUGACCAACGCCAGCCUGCAGAACUGCGACCUCCGGCACGCUGUUCUGGGCAAUGCAGAUGUCUUGGAUUGCAAGCUGAGCGGGAGCGACAUGAGAGGCGUCGACCUGAGGCGGUGACGACUUCGACGUCCUUCUUCGUUCCGCCGCACGACGGAUGGCAAC